AACAUCUAGAACAGGAUGCAGCCUGGACUUCAGGCCCAGCUCCUCAAGCUGACGGUUCCCUGUCACUUUCCAGCCUCUGGGAAGAGCUACCCCAUCUCCCGGGAGAGAAACGACUCUGACGAGGAGGGGACCAGGAGGCAGGAGCGCCGCUCCACCCGGGUCAGGCAGGCCAGAGCCACCAAGCCGCCGGAGGGCACCCAGGCCGUGGGGCCAGAGGAGCGGGAGGCGCCCCCUAGGGGCCGGAGGAGCGUGCCACGGCCCACCCUGAAGCUGGAGGAGGAGGAGGAGGAGGAGGAGGAGGAAGACGAGGAGGAAGAGGAGGACGACGAGGAGGAGGAGGACGAGGAGGAGGAGGAAGCAAAGGCUCUGGAGAGGAAGGAGGCUUCUCGGGGGAUGGGGGAAGCCUGGGCCCCAGGCCCUCAGGCGAGCAGCUCACCCCAGGAAAUCAGGGGGUCCUGGCAGGAGAAGGGGGGGCUUAUGGUCCCAGCACCCCAACAGACAGGAGUGCCCAGAUCCCCAGCACCCCAGGAAGUGGGAGGGAGCCGAUCUCCGACACCCCAGGAAGUGGGGUGGCCUGAGGCCCAGGGAAUGGGGGGCCCCAGAUCACCAGGGCCCCAAGAAAGGGGGUCAGCCCAGGCCCUGGAGCCCCAGGAGACAGAGGGGCCCAUAGCUCCUGAGCCCGAGGAAAGGGGGGUGACCAGGCCCUCGGAAUCCCAGGGAAGUGGGACAGCUGUGACUCCAGCCCCUGAGGAGAAGGGGGAGCCCAGCCUGCUAGACCCCCAGGAAAAGGGGGAGCCCAGUCUAAUGGCUCCCCAGAAGAAGGAGGAGCCCAGCCUGCCAGCUUCCCAUGAGAAGGGGGAGCCCAGCCUGCCAGACCCCCAGGAAAAGGGGAAGUCCAGCCCAACAGCCCCCCACCAGAAGGGGGAGCCCAGCCUACUGGCCCCCCACGAGACGGAGGAGCCCAGCCCACCAGCCCCCCAGGCAAAGGGGGAGGCCAGCCCACCGGCCCACCAGGAGAAGGAGCAGCCCAGCCCAACGGCUCCCCUGCUGGAGGAUUUCUCAGAGAAGAAGGGAGUGGCUGGACUCCAGGAAAACAAGGGGGUCCCCCAGGAGGAGGCAGAGGAGCCCCCUGAGAUCUCACAAGAAGAGGGGGUGGCUGCAACCGCCAGCUCCCCAGCCCCUCCCCAGCUGACAGAAGGGGAGGCACCAAUGGCCCCCCCUGAGGAGGAUGAGCCCCCUCCCCCACUGCUGACCAAGGAGGCCCCCCCCAGUCAGAAAAGGCCAUCGGGGACCCAGCCAGCAUCACCUUCCCCUCCCCCCCAGCGCCAGCAGAGGGGUGGGUCCAACUCAGACUCCGACUCAGACUCCACUUCCUCCGGAUCCCGCUCCAGCCGUUCCGAGUCGCCCGCCAGGAAGCACCGGGCCUCACGCUCCAGCAGCAGCAGAAAGAUCUCACCUGGGGGCGAUGCCUCACUAAAGCUCUGUCUGUUUAUCUGGAUGCCCCAGUCGCACAGCCCUGACGCCUCACGGGCUGGCCCCAGCUCCCCACACACCAAAGAGCCCUCCCCAGCAAGACAGCAGGAGGCGCUGGAGAGUCCCAUGGCAGAGGGCAGACCGGCCACCUCGCCCCCGCCGGCCCCCCAGAGACGCCCCAGCCACGGGCACCGGCACAGCCCGUUGUCGCAGCAGGGCGGCUCAGAGACCCCAGGGGGCCCAGCCAGGGCAGUGCCCACGGGGGACCCGCCGCGCCAGGCAGAGCAGAGGCAGCGUGCAAGUAGCCAGGAGGAGAAGGAGGAGGUGCCUAUGGAGUUGGAGCCCCGCCAGGCUGGCACUAGCCCCCCGACCGGCCCCACUGCUCAGCCCCCCGGCCCCAACGAGCUCCCCGACGGGGGGCCUGAGGACGAGGAGAAGAAAGAGGUCACGGCGCAGCACAAGGCCUUCAAGAGGAAGAUCUCCGUCGUGUCAGCGGCCAAGGGGGCAGCGGCAGGGAACAGUGACACGGAGGGCGGCCAGUCGGGGGGGCGCAAGCGGCGCUGGGGGUCCAGCACGGCUGCCACCCAGAAGAAGCCGUCCAUCAGCAUCACCACCGAGUCGCUUAAGAGCCUGAUCCCUGAGAUGAAGCCGGUGGUGGGGCAGGAGGCGGUGGUGGAUCUGCACGCCGACGACUCCCGCAUUUCAGAGGAUGAGGGAGAGCGCCAUGGGGAGCCGCCGGCCCACGAGAAGGGGCUGAAGAUCUGCCGGACCGUCACACAGGUGGUGCCAGCCGAGGGGCAGGAGAAUGGGCAGGGCGAGGAGGAAGAAGAGGAGGAGAAGGAGCCGGAGGAAGAGCAGCCCCAAGCCUCUCAGGUCACAGCAGAGUUGCCGUUGCCCCCACCUGUGGAGCACGAAGUCAAGAAAGUGACACUCAGCGACACCCUGACGCGCCGUUCCAUCAGCCAGCAGCGCUCGGGCGUCUCCAUCACCAUCGACGACCCCGUGCGCACGGCCCAGCUCCCGUCACCCCCCCGCGCCAAGCCCAGCCCCAUCGUGCACAUCUGCAACCUGGUGCGGCCCUUCACGCUGGGCCAGUUGAAGGAGCUGCUGGGCCGGACGGGGACGCUGGUGGAAGAAGCCUUCUGGAUCGACAAGAUCAAAUCGCACUGCUACGUCACGUACUCCACGGUGGAGGAGGCGGUGCUGACUCGCAACGCCCUGCACGGGGUGAAAUGGCCCCAAUCCAACCCCAAGUUCCUGUGCGCUGACUUCGCCGAGCAGGACGAGCUGGACUUCCACCGGGGGCUGCUGCCCGAACGGGCGGUAGAGGCAGCGGCGGCCCCAGGGCCCGGGCUGGCCGGUGGGCGCGGGAGCCGGCGCUCAGCCCCCCGGGAGCCGGAGCGGGCGGUGCGGGAGCAGUGGGCGGAGCGGGAGCGGGAGAUGGAGCGGCGGGAGCGCACUCGGGCCGAGCGCGAGUGGGACCGUGACAAGGUGCGCGAGGGGCCCCGCUCCCGUUCCCGCGAGCACCGCCACAAGGAGCCGCCCAAGGCCAAGGAGAAGAAGGGCGAGAAGAAAGAGAAGGCACCGGAGGAGCCCCCCGCCAAGCUGCUGGACGAUCUCUUCCGCAAGACCAAGGCCGCCCCCUGCAUCUACUGGCUGCCUUUGACCGACACCCAGUUCGUGCAGAAGCAGGCAGAGCGGGCAGCCCGGGCGCGGGAACGGGAGCGGCGCCGGAAGGAGCUGGAGGAGGAGGAGGUGCGCCAGCGGGAGCGGAGCCGCCAGGCCGAGCGGGAGAAGCGCCGGGAGCACAGCCGGGAGCGGGGGGCUGGGGGUGCCCCAGGGGCGGCAGGCGGCGCCGAGCGGGGAGGCCGGGAGCGCCGCGAGGCCAAGAGGCACAGCCGGAGCCGGAGCCGCAGCACCCCGGUGAGGGACCGUGGGGGGCGCCGCUGAGCCUCUGUUGGGCAGCUGUGGGGGAGGCGGGCCCAGCCCUCUAUGGGGUCACCCCAGGCUCUGCCGGGGCCUGCUGGGUUAUUGAGUUGGAUAAUUCUGCCCCCCACCCCCACCCCCUGGGGCAGAUCCCCCCCCCCCCCCCAAACCCCGUUAAUUUGUAUUUUAUUUUGGGACAGAUGUGUUUUUUUUUAUUCUGCUGUUGCUGGGAAUCGAGAGGAAUAAAAGCCGGAGUUAGUUUCAUA